AUGAGGGCACAGGGCGUAGCAGCAUACUGCACUAGCAACAACCUACCAAUCCCGAUAAACAACGUCAUACAGAUUUCUCAUAGAACCCAAGCCGACACAACCGACUCAUGCACCAACACCCAAGAUAGAGAUAAACAACAGGAGACCCCUGAGCGAACCUCACACACUAUCACUCUAGAGACUGAAAAUCCAGAUCCUAGAGCCACGAUACCAAAAGGAACAAGGACAGCUCUCCUUCCCGUGGGACCCACAUCACACAUACACACAACCCAGCGGACUACCUUACGCAAGACUGGGACGCGGGACACGGGGAGGGUGGGAGGGAAAACAACAUAA